GCAUGCGCAGCCGUAGCAGUACCGGAAGUGAAUGCUGCAACUGUUGCUACUGCAGUUGACCAGCGAGUGGAGCGUCAAAGUGACAGCUGCUUUCCAGUUUCUCAUCGAGUUUUAAAGUCGAAAUCUUUGCAAAGAUGAUCUCUCUCACUGAUUCACAAAAAAUCGGGAUGGGACUGACGGGCUUCGGAGUGUUUUUCCUCUUCUUCGGGAUGAUUCUGUUUUUCGACAAAGCGCUCCUCGCUAUCGGAAACAUCCUGUUCGUGGUGGGUCUGGCGUUCGUCAUCGGCCUGGAGAGGACCUUCAGAUUCUUCUUCCAGAAGCACAAGAUGAAGGCCACCAGCUUCUUCCUCGGGGGCGUGUUCGUGGUGCUGAUCGGCUGGCCUAUCGUCGGAGUGGUGCUGGAGUUUUACGGCUUUUUCCUUCUCUUCAGAGGUUUCUUUCCAGUGGUUAUUGGGUUCAUCAGGAGGAUACCCAUCCUCGGCUCUUUGUUGAAUCUGCCCUUCAUCAGUGGGUUUGUGGACAGAGCGAGCGAGAGCAACAGCAUGGUAUAACGGACGCCGUGCGCUUCUUGCUCCUUUAUUUAUCACGGAUUUCCUGAAACGAACUAGAUCAUCUUCUGAAAGCCAUGUUGAUUCUUGUUUUCCCCUUUUAAAUGGUGCGUGUGUGUGUGUGUGUUUUAUUCUGAACCUAUGGAGAGUGUGAACUGAAGCAGACCAGCGUGUGAAGUUAUAUUUAUAUGGAUAUUAUUAUUACAAGGUCUGUUAUCGCUGUAUCCCAAAAACAAAAGAAACCCUUGUUCCUGUCCUUCUUCGAGUUCGCGGAGGGAACGAUGAUGAAGAGGAUGUCGUACGGGAUGAGGAAGGACAGCCGAAGGGUUCGUUCUGUUACACUGACGCCACUUUGCUCCGCCUCGGUUUGCUUCAGCUCAGAGCCGGUUUCCACGACGACUCGGACGUGGGCCGUUAACGUCGUACUUAAUUUUUUCCUAAAUGUUGUUUUUUAUUGAAAAGUAUUGAUACUGUUGAGGAAUACUUGCAUGAACUUUGUAAACACUUUAAAAAGAAAAAACACAAAGCUGGUGUUUGUCUGUUCAGUCAUUUAAAUUUUAACUCAUGGAUGAAGUCUGCAGCAGUAUUUCGGUGGCCUGAGAGCAAAAAACAUAUAUAAUUAAUUCCUUGUUAAUAUAAAAAGCUUUAUUUUGUAUUUUUACGGUUAAUUUGUUCCCCCUUUAUUUGAAAUAUAUUUCUGCUCUAUUUAUCCCCAGAAAUCUAUUUUUCCCUCAUAUUUGCUUUUAUUAUUUUUGAAAAACAUUUUUAAGGUGUCACCAUUUUUAUUUUAUUUUUAUUGUAUU